AUGAAUACCGAGGCCGCCCCCGCCUGGCUUUCCCCCCUGCUCGUCCCCUUCUUUACGCUCUCCUACCCCACUGCCCGCCCUGCCAACCCAGACUCGUUCCCGCACGCAAACUACUAUGGCACCGGGCUUCUCGACGGGUGCGUCAUCAUCACCGCCAUCGCCCUCAUGGCCAUCCUACGAGACGUGACGCGCAUCUACGUAUUCGAAUCAUUCGCCCGGUGGAAGCUUGCUCGGGAUCUGCGACACGCGAAGCGCAAGAAACUCGCCCUUGCCAAUGGGAACGGCCAGCCCAGCGGGAACGGCAAGGCAAACGGGAAUGGCAAGGCAAACGGUGCCGUGAAUGGGAACGGACAUGCCGCAGAGUACAUCGUCACUCCCGUGGAGAGGAGGAAGAUGAACAGGAGCAUCAUCCGCUUCGCCGAGCAGGGCUGGUCCGUGAUAUACUACACCUUCAAUUUCUUCUUCGGAUUGUAUGUGCAUCGGCACUUGCCCACUUCGCUCCUGAACCCGAUCAAUGUGUGGACCAACUACCCCCAUAUACCGCUCGCCGGCCCCGUCAAGUUCUACUACCUCCUUCAAACGGCAUGCUACAUGCACCAGGUGCUCAUCCUCAAUGCUGAAGCACGCCGAAAGGACCACUGGCAGAUGAUGGCCCACCACGUGAUCACCGUCACGCUCCAGGUCGCGAGCUACUUCUACAACUAUACCCGUGUCGGGUGCCUCGUCAUGCUCCUUAUGGACUUGUGCGACAUGUUUCUGCCGCUGGCGAAGAUGUUCCGGUACUUGGGCAUGUCCCUGUGGUGCGACAUGGCCUUCGUCGCGUUUCUGGUAUCAUGGUUCGUUACCCGACACGGCUUCUUCCUCCUGGUUAUCAAGGCCACGUGGGAGGCGUGGUACGUCAUCCCGCGCAUCUGGGACCCCUCGCGCGGUCACUACCUCACGACGGAGAUCUACUACGCAUUCUUGGGGAUGUUGGUGGCACUGCAGGUCAUUCAGUUGGUUUGGUUCCGGAUCAUCUGUUCCGUGGCGUACAGAGUGGUGUCAGGCCAGGGCGCCGAGGAUGCGCGGAGCGACGACGAAGGGUUAGUCGGUCUUCUUAAUACGCUGUGA